AUGUCAAAUUUUGAUUAUUCAUUGUUGGUUCACAAGGACCAACAGUUCAUCUACACAGUAUUUGUGGGUACAAAUGGCUAUUUCGAUCCAGAGUAUUUUCAUACUUCUCGGUUUACAGAAAAAUCUGAUGUUUACUCUUUGGGGGUGGUGUUGUUUAGAGUGUUGUGUGCGAGGAAAACUAUCUCUGUGGAGGAAGACUACGGGGACGAGCGGAGACUUCUAAGCACGUGGGUUGUGGAGUGCAUAGAAGCAGAGUCAGUUGAAGAGAUCAUUGAUCCAUUUCUAAUGGGGAAGAUUUCGCCACUUUGUUUGAAAUGCGUCCUCAAGAGCGAAACUGAACGACCUCCAAUGAGUGAUGUUGUGCGAAACCUCGAGUUUGCUCUAUGGUUAACGCUAGAAGAGGACAUAACAUGCAAGGGAAUAGACAGCAAAGGAGGGCGGCACGUAGGUAGCAAGAACGCCUACAGCAUCUGCAAAUGGAGGAAGAGCAGCAAAUGCCAGGGUUUCAGGAUGCUGAUGGAUGGUUAUAUUUAUCCUCUGCAUUUAAAAUUUGUUGGAGAAUUAGGUACUAGAUGUGUUGAACAAGCCUGCUAG